AUGGAGGCCCCUCAAGUUGUUGAUGAUUUACCUACCCAAACCCCUUACUUCCUUGGCACUGAAAGCGCUCACGACCUCCAUGAUGGUUACAUCAGCAAUGGAACUCAUGAAUGCUCCAUGUGCCAAUCAGCGGAUCUCCACGAUUUGGCAACCGAUAACUCCCACGGCGACGACUUACUAGGCUUCAAUGCCAUUUUUGGUGGCGGAAUUUACGAGGUCUUUACCAAUCCGCUCUCCGUUGUAAAUACAACAUCCGCAGGUGCCGCUUGUUUUCCUAGGCCAGACUUUAUCAGCGACAAUUAUCGGUCAAGCUUUGAUUCCGGAUACGCAAGGUACGGCGCCUCUAACACGUCCAGAUCCUUUUCACACAUUGCUUAUACAAUUAGCACUUCUUGGUCUAGUACGGAAAGCACCACCAACGGUACAUGCUGCUACAAUGACACCAGCUUGCAUUGCAGAGGUCACGGAUUGCCAGAUAUCCCAAUGCUCGGACCGCGCUGUGGAGUCUUAUCCACUGUGCAGGCUGGUCUUGCCCUUACUUUUGCAGACCGCAACUGUGUGAUUAGCAACGCAGAUUAUGAUCUUACACUUGGUGAAGUUGCACCUGUGAAGACUGGAAGAGGAAGCGACAACUCUUGCCACGGCGCCUCGAACACUCGACCUCCGCCACAAACCCCGAAAAUCGCCUUACCUCUGCAAAGGAGACCUAGACCCAAACGACACUACGUCUGUCCCGUCAGCCCCUGCACCUUCAAACAUUCUUUCUCGCGCAGCGCUGAUCUCAGGCGUCAUAUGAAAACCCACUUCCCCCCACCUUCCGAAGAGCGCUUUGACUGCCGCUUCACGAAUUGCGAACGUAAAGCAUUGAAAGCUUUGCAACGGUGGCCGCCUUCUCCAUCUGUAUCGACAUUCUGGCACCUGGUUCUGUAUGUUCGUUUGCAAAUCCUUAGCACCUACCGUCGCAUCCAGAGACACAAUGUCGUAAUCGCAUGCCUACCGGACUACGGGACCACUUCUGCUGCCGUUGUAGCCGAGCAAAUGUUUCACACUUUCAAAGAAAUCCGAUUCGGCUUGGUGUUCGGUAUUGGAGGUGGCAUCCCGAGUGUCCAAAACGAUAUCCGACUCGGAGACGUUGUAAUCAGCAGGCCAGAAGGCACAUUCGGGGGCGUGGUGCAGUAUGACUCCGGGAAAGCAGUUUGGAGUAAACGUUGGCAGUCUGCUAGACAGUCAUCAGGUUUGCUCGACCUAUCUGUGCCAAUAGCUAUCUCUCCCCGUCUGUGGGAGCGCAACCUUCUAGGGUGCUGGUUGUGGUGA